UAAGAUUAAAUUUUGAAAGGGAAAAAUCAGUUCUUUGACCGUAACAGUUUCUCUACAAUACACACAAUAAUGGAAUGAUGAAUGGUUGAUAGAGUCGCACUUUUAUUUUUGUUAAGUUGUGAAAAGAAAUUACUUUUUUCUUUGAAACAUGAAUUUGCUACUAAUAAUAUCCAGUUUUGUUGCCGGCAUCAUAUUUAUCUUCAUUGGCAUUGGAUUUAUGUAUAAUCCAAUAGCGUCCUACCUGGUAGCCGGAAUUUUUCCUUUGCUCUUUUACUUUGGACAAGUUUUUAUUCCCCGAGAUGUAAAUUGGGUAUCCUACAUUCGAACAAGGUUAUGGAUACGUUCAUAUCUUCGAAAAUACAAAAAGAAAAUUGUUUAUCCUGUAAAGAAGGAAGAUGUCACACCGUAUGAUGUAGGACUCAUACCUUAUCCAUUCGAAUAUGAAAUGGAGAAUCCUCAAACUAAAAACUUUGAAGUAAGCUUUUUCAUUUCGAUCUCUAAUCCUUUAAAAUGGCUCCAUUAUUAGACAAUUUGUUAAUAAUUUAUCAAAGUGUUAUUAUGAUGCUUGGUGUAAUUUUAAUUUACCAUUUCAACAUUUCAUUGGGUGUAACUUAUGGAUGAUUAAUUGAGUAUAAUCAAUAGAAAGAUUGUAAA